CGAUACAAUGAAGUGUGCUGCAAAAGGCUGUACUCAGCUACAACUGCUGUCUUCUCAAAUACUCAGCAUCACCACCAACAGCCAGAGUGUGCGCUGAGCACAGACAGAGAGCUCCAGUGGUUAGAGUGUGUCAGCCUGUUUGAUCACAGGAGUGUCACACUAAUUCCUGUGCAGCUCGUACCAUCUUGCUUCAACCUUUUCCCACCCACAGCCUUGAUCUUGACCAGCCCAGCUGUUGCUAUGAAUGUCUUCUCCUCCCUCACCUCCCCCUCCUCCUGCCCCAACUUGUACCACACACCCAGUUACCGCAGCAAUGCCACCACUGCAGCCGCUGAGAUCAGCCAUGUGAUUCUGAGGCAUUACAACCACACUGGCCGCCUGCAAAACAGGACCAUCUCAAACACCCAGAACCAUAUCAGUAUUACCAUGGCCAUCUUUCUCUUCGUCAGUGUUUUCAUCAUCCUGGAGAAUCUCCUGGUGCUGGUGGCCGUCAUCUCCCACAUCCGCCAAAGCCGGCGAUGGGUUUAUGUCUGCAUUGCCAACAUCACACUCAGUGAUCUCCUCACCGGUGCCGCCUACCUGCUCAACAUCUGUAUGUCUGGCAACAAGACGUUCUACCUCACCCCUGCUUUGUGGCUCUUCAGGGAAGGGAUGCUAUUUGUGGCCCUGGCAGCUUCCAUAUUCAGUUUGAUGCUGAUUGCUGUGGAACGUUACACCGCUAUGAUGAAGCCACUGCCCCAGAAGCCAGCAAAGACGACCUACUACAGGAUCUAUGGCUUGGUGGCACUCUGCUGGGUUUUGGCACUAGUGAUUGGCUUCCUGCCCUUGCUGGGCUGGAACUGCAUAUGUAGCCUAGAUGAAUGCUCCACCCUCCUCCCUCUCUACUCCAAGACCUACAUCUUUUUCUCCCUCUUUAUCUUCUUCCUCAUCCUCCUGGCUAUUGGAGUGCUCUAUGGUGCCAUCUACUGCCAUGUACACAAGAGUGCACAAUUGGGCCCCCAGCGCAGUCGCAAGCGCUCCUUGGCUCUGCUUAAAACUGUGAUCAGCAUCGUUGGGGUCUUUAUGCUGUGCUGGGGGCCACUGUUCCUGCUGUUACUGGUGGAUUUCUUUUGCACCUCCCGCCACUGUGCACUUCUGUUCAGUGCUGACUAUUUCAUCUCCCUGGCUGUUCUCAACUCUGCCCUAAACCCAGUCAUUUAUGCCCUGGGCAGCAGCGAGAUGAGGAAGGCUAUUGCUGAGUUGCUGUGUUGCUGCUGCCUGAGGGCCGGCCUCUGUCACCCAGAUGCAUUCACAUCCAAGGACACCAGCAGCACCUCAGAGAGCAGAAGGGACAGUCUGAGGAACAGUUUCAACAAGGUCAGAAAUCUGACUGUGGCAUCCCCACCACCAACGCCAAGCAAGCCUCGCAGGGCACCCAAAAAAUGUAGGCUGAGCUCCACCACCAGCUGCCUGUCAGUUUCAAGUGGUUAAACCACAAUGUGCUCCCCUCCCAAGCAAACACAACCUGUGUGCACUGACACACAUCUAACCGUUUCCUCCAAGUUUUGCUUUGAAUGUUUACUUUUGUGCCAGCAGGUACUUGCAGUAAUGAUUACAGCCUGUCAGAAAACCUGAUAAAAAAUAUGAAGUUAUCCUUUCUUAAAUAUGGCAUUAUUCUUUUUUUGCAGCUCACAAUAUUUCUUUUGGUGAUGCUUGUCACUUACGUAAACAAACUCUCAGAAAGUUUGAUAAAAUAUACGAAGUUAUCCAUUCUUAAAUAUGACUUUAUCCUUUCUUUGCAGUUGACAAUAGUACUUUUGGUUAUGCUUGUCACAGAUUUUCAGUAUUGAUUUGUUUUUGCACGUUAGAUAUAAUACAAGUGAAACGUUUGGAGACACUUUCCCCAUUGAGUUGAAUGAGAAACCUAACCUUUGA